CGUCACGAAAGGGUUAUUUCAUAGCUCAAUGGUCUGACACUCAGAUGCCUUUUUCGAAACAACAUCUGUCGCUCAGCUGAAGAGUAGGCCUAGUCUUAGGAAUGCCGAAGAAGUUCCAGGGCGAGAACUCCAAGGCGAUGACUGCCAAGGCCCGCAAGGCAGAGGCCAAAGCUGUGGAAGACUCCCGCAAGAAGAAGGAGCUGGAGGAUGCUUUAUGGCAGGAGAACGAUAAACAUGUCCUGAAGAAAGAACAGAGGAAGGACGACAAGGAGAAGAAGCGCCUUGAGGCCCUGGAGAGAAAGAAAGAGAACCAGCGGCUCUUGGAUGAGGAGGCUGCAAAGAUUAAGGGCAAGGCCAAGGAGGCGGCUGCUGUGGCGGCGUGCAAAGUGACCCGGGCCCAGAUUGAGGAGACGCUGCGUAUUGAGCAGGCGCUACAACAGCAGGAGCAACCCAAAGAGAAAGAGAAGAGUCAACUGGUGUCACCCCUGGAGGAGAAUGUGAAUCGCAUCAUCCCUGAGGAAGGUGCAGUGGAUGCUAGAUCCAUAGAGGAUGCCAUUGCUGUGCUCAGCACGGCUGAAGAGCUCGACCGCCACCCCGAGCGCAGGGUGAAGGCAGCGUUCGCCUCGUACGAGGAACUGAACAUGCCCCUCCUUAAAAAAGAGAACCCCAACAUGCGGCUGUCGCAGCUCAAGCAGCAACUGAAAAAGGAGUGGAUGAAGUCGCCAGAGAACCCCCUGAACCAGCGCUUUGCCAACUACAAUGCCAAGUGAACCAACUCCAGCAGCAGCUAACACAAAACUGUUACCUAUGCAUAUUGGACCUUACAAUGGAAGAUGCCUCCAACCUAGAAUUAUUCCCCCAUUAUGAAUACGUUGCUGGAAAAGCUGCACUCACUCCCUAGGAAGGACCUCUGAUGCAAGGAUUCACCUUGGGACUUCAGCUUGUUUCAUUUAGAGGAAAAGCAAAUUCCCCCCAUGUUCCUGAUGAUUUUUCUGUUACUGUGAAUUCCCACUUGUGAAGCAUCUCAGCGGUUUAUGGAUUUUAUUCCCAUUAUCAGUUUUUGGCACUUAAGUUGAAAACGGGCGGGGGGUGUGACAGAAGUUUGAGAUUAAAAGUAAUUUAUUACAGUUCACAAUACUAGCAUCUAAUUGUUUCUGAGCGUGAGACUACAGGUAUGUCGCUCUGUAUAAGAGCGUCUGCUAAAUGACUCAAAUGUGGUCUGCACUCUUGCUAUAGUAACCGCCUCCUUUUAAAGGCCCGAUGGAGCUGUUUUAUACAAAUAUGACAUUUCUGGGUUACAAUUAAGUACCUUACUGUACUAGUUUUCCAUUAAAAUUGUAAAUUAUUUUUAGCAAAACUUUCUCAGACUUUUCCUAGGACUGUCUGGGAGUGGUCUGAGUGGGGAGGGGAAAACUCAAAACUAGCUGUUUGGAACUCUUUGUUAUUGGUCUAAUUUACCACCUGGUGAUGACCCAGGCAAGCUGAAAAUCACCUGUUUCCAUACAUUUCAUUUUAAAACCUGCUGAUUUUAGAUGGUCUUGUGUAUAUUGUAUUUUCAACCAGCAAUUAUCAGGAAAUUACUUAUGAAAUGUUUUAUACUUUUACAGUGUUAGUUUCAUUUAGCUGUUGUACAAUAUGAUACGAAGCAUACAAACUGAGUUGUCUGCACUGGGCCUUUAACCCUUAAUGAUAAUAAUGACCCACAAAAGAAAAUAUCAUGACCAGAGCCAGCUGUGGACUUAUAAGAGCACUGCCCUGUUAUAAACUGAUAUUUUCAGCACCAUUGGAAA